AUGGCCAGCGAGACGGUUAUCACCGCUCUGAAGAUUGUGGGCUUCAUCCUGCUGGGCGUGAGCAUUCUGAUGAUGGGAGGCAUUCUGUACCUCUGGCGACAAUCGCGGAACCGGAAAAGGUCCCACCGUCAGACCCAAGCGGCCGGCCUCGAGCCGUCUUCGACCGCGCCCCACGCGCUGCAGUCCAGGCCUUCGCAGAAGCAGCAUGACAAGAAGCAAGAAGCGAAACGUCGUCAGAAUCUGGCUUGGGGAGUCGUCGAUGAGGAGUCAGGGGAGAAGGACGCAGAGGAAAUGGGUGGGAUUGGGACGCUCAGCACGGAUGCGAUCAGGAGGAUGGGAAUCGCGAGGACCGACUCGGGCCUGCUCGGUACCGCCGUGCUGCACAAGACUGAUACGAGGUCUCGCCCUCCCAACGGCCCCGUCCAGCAUCUGGCUAGCCAGAAGACCAAUGUAACACCCGGUAUCGGGUCUGGUAAUGGGCCUCGCUCGCCUCCCAAGGCACUCGACAUGCCGGACUCCCACCGCAAAUUAUCGGACAACCCCUUUUCCAAUGAUCAUGCAUCCAGGCCCCCGACAAACAUGAGCUCAUCCAAUGCUUCGUCGCCCGCAAAGUCCGCCCAUGCUAUUCGACCGUCUCGACCUGUCCGCCCGAGCGAGGCGGGCAGCCCUCGAAAGGUUGUUCCGCAGCGAUCGCCUUACUCGACAGGGAACAUCAGAUUCCCUGACGCAGUCAGCCAAAAGACCGUAGCUAUGGCAAAGCCUGAUCCUCGAGGCCGCUAG